AUGUUAAAUUUUCGAUUACAACCUUCAACUUCCUUUAUUCGUUAUUUUUCUAAAAGAAAAGAAGUUGAGCGUUAUUUGGAAAGACAAGCAAAUGAUCAAUAUUCACGUCGUGCCAAAGAACAUUCCUACAGAGCUAGAAGUGCAUUUAAAUUGUUGCAAAUUAAUGAAAAAUUUAAUUUCAUAAAACCAGGUGAAUUUCUAAAAUUUAGUUUUUAA